AGACAAAGGCGUCCGGGCGUGGUGCUGGCCCACCCACCCCCCUCCGUGUGUCGUGUCGGCCUUCAUAGGUGCUACUCGCUAACAGCACUUGCCCCUACAGUCUGAUACAGGCUAUAGAGGGGGUAUUUGUGUGUGUGUGUCGUGUGUGUGUCGUGUGUGUGGUGUGUGUGUGUUGUGUGUGUGUGGUGUGUGUGUGUGGUGUCGUUUGUGUGGUGUGUUGUGGUGUGUUGUGUGUGUGUGUGGUGUCGUGUGUGUGUGUGUGUUGUGUGUGUUUUGUAUGGUAUGUUGUGUGUGUGGUGUGUUGUGUGUGUGUGGUGUGUUGUGUCGUGUGUGUUGUGUCGUGUGUGUUGUGUGUGGUGUGUUGUGUGUGUGUAGCGUGCACAGAAGCUAACACACACGCACGCGUUCGGCACCGUGUUGCCUCCGGGGGGAGGAGAGGGGGACGCGAUGAGCGUUGAAGAAGGGGCCCCAAAACGACGAGCUGCCCAUGGACCCGCGUGGUGAGCUGGCGUGAGCCACGACCAUCACGAGGCCACGGUUGCACGCGUGAAGCAGAAGAAGUCCGGAAGGACGGCUGGGCAAGCACCAUGCCUCGCGUGCGCAGCGAGUACAUGCAGCAGUUCUGCCCAGCGGAAGGUGCGCGGGACGUGGCGUCGCAGUGCUACCAAAGCGGCGUGCAGUACCGGCGGGGCCGCCGCCUUCUCGAGCACGCCCACGUGCCGCUGCUGUGGGACCCGGCUCACGGCGACUCGGAAUCCGGUGACGAUGGCGGCGGCGGCAGGCAAAGCCCUCCGAGGGGUGCGAGCUGGGAGGUUCAGCCGCGGGAAGAUGAUGUGGAGGGCAGCGGCGGCAACGGCAGCCCCAGCAGCCCCAGCAGCUGGCAGGGCGACAGCGGGCAAGGGCAGGGCGUGCUGCUGGACAAGCAGGAAGGGCAGCACGGAGGUCUAGCAGAGUCGGCAACUGCGCUUGCCGGUGAGCGGUUGCACAAGAAAGGGAAGAGGAAGAAAUUGGCGGUCAAACAAGAUCCUGCCAAAAAAGAAACGCAAGCUCCCGGCUCCUUAUCUGGACGUAACAAAACCAGUGGCCAGUUUGCUUCUGGCUCUGCCCAAAGGGUAGUAGCAUCCAACUGUAACGCCAACAUAGCAUCUCCAAACGUGUCCAAAAGUCAAAAAUCAUAUGCCCUGUUUCCCAGGGCCACGCAUCAAAGACCACCAUUUCUGAGCUAUGGCUGGGCAAACGACGUUCUGGAAACUGGCAGAAAAAAGACUCACAAUAUUCUCCCUUCGGCUUCAACCGUACAAAUUCACGAGUCUGCGAUAAAAGCAAUGCACAAGCGCAAGAGCGCGAGGCGGCAAUUCAAAAAGAAGAAAGAGCAACUGGCAGAGAAACAAGAGGAACAUUUGCAGAGCUCGUCUGACGUGGACAACCCAUGGAUGUCUGAAUAUCAGCGAAGUUAUUCAGCACGAACAAGAUAGCUUUUACAUUCUCAUGGUUUAUCGAGCAGAAAUUGUUUUUUGUUUUUAUGAAUAGCCAGUGAUCAAAAUGUAAAUGUGUUAAGUCCCCACAUGCGACCUAUUGGGCCUUCAUCCCACGUUAACUGCCGUUCAAUACACGUCUGGUGUUCUGAGAAGCGCCAGUGUGGCAUGUAGAUCAGCUGUUAAUCAGCAAUGUGACAUUCCAGAUUUUAUAUCGAAUGUGCAGGGCAUUCUUCACGUGUUGUGUCGACCCAUAGAGGGCAAUAUGCUUUGCAGUGGAUGCUUUGGUUGCACAUCUGGACUCCUCAUUGGAGUACAGACACCAAGAAUCCGUAAUGUGUAGUUAUGUGGUCUAAUUGUUCGUCUAAACAGUGUUUAAUAUAUUUUUACAAAUAUUUCCACAAAGUAGUUGUUUUUUUAAACAAUUCUUAGGAAUGUGUAUUGGGGAAAUGGGAGGAGUAUUCCAUUAGUCAACAGAUGAAUGUGACGUUAACGUCACGGUACAAUUUUAACUAAGAAAAGUUUUAAAUGACGUAACUGCUAAUGUGGUAACACCUCGUAAAUUAAGCCAUAUAGUUGUAAAUGUAUGUCAUACAAGGUAACCUUUAGACAUUUUUGUCCAUACUAUUGAAAUCGAGCUCAUGUCAAACCACUUGUGAUUGUGUUGUAAAGAAAAAGCAUAUCUAGGCAAUAAAAGGUGGCUUAUUGAAAAUUUGUGUAAGUACACAUCAUGGUAAAUGCUAAACUACCAUACCUUAAUGGUCUCAUAUCUUACUCGGUACCUUAUUAACAACUCUUUGCCCUGACAAGAAGAGUUGCAAUCGAUACGUCAAACCUGUGAAAUAUGGAUGACCCCAAACAAUGUAAACAAAAGCUGAAUUGUGCUCAAAAUGCAUCGUGAGAUGUGCGUCAGGGAUUAAACGGAGAGAAAGCGUAAACAAAGUGAUAUCGAUCAUUUCUAGAUUUGAAGUUUUCGUGACUGCAAGGAUUCAUACUCUUUGGUGUUUUCGGUAAAAUCACGUCGGUAAAAAAUAAAUAAAUGAAAAUCAACUAAAUUAAAUCACGACGUUUCGGAGG